UUCUAAAUAAAUAGUUUUAGAUUCUGUGUCAUUUGCUUUGAUCUGUCUAUUGUACGUUCAUUUGCAGUAUUUGUAUUGAGCUCUGUUUGCUGUAUUGUUUCCUCUCUUAUCUAUCGUGUUUUACAUUUUGCAUCUUUUUUCAUGUUAUUAUUUUUAAUAACAUCUAAGGUAGGUUUCAUUGGCUCUCUGAAACCUGGGCCGAAGGGGCCGUAUAUCAUGGUAAUUAACAGGUGUAACAGAAACAAAAACCUCGGCAAGUGCAUAAUACAGCCAAACACUCACUAAUGCUCUAGAACGCAUAACUGUACACCAGAUCUUGCCAUCCAACACUUCCCGCGAAACGUUUUGGCGUCGUUGGCAGUUUCAGAAACAAAUCCCUAAAUAUAUAUCUACAAGGCUGUGGUUUCAGGGUAUUUUGGACAUGCUUCACUUUCAUUCAGUAUCUUGGACGAUAGUGAUGCCCCUGGCGGGAAUUGCACCCGACACUUGCAAAGGGAUUUUAUAUCUGAAGGCAAAGAGUUCCUAGGUUGCCAUAGCCAAGCUUUACCUGCUCUCGUUCGUCCAGUUAGGUCCACCGAGUGUUUUGUUUUGGCACACACUAUUUUGUUGAUCCAACCCGGUUCCAAACCCGAAACGAGGACUUUCUCGGAUUAUGAGUCUGUUAACGAAUGCAUGGAAGGUGUUUGCAAAAUCUAUGAGGAACAUUUGAAGAGGCAAAAUCCUAAUACCCCAUCAAUCACGUACGAUAUCAGUCAACUGUUUGACUUCGUUGAUCAGUUGGCUGAUUUAUCCUGCCUUGUGUACCAGAAAAGCACCAAUUCGUAUGCACCUUAUAACAAGGAUUGGAUUAAGGAAAAGAUAUAUGUUCUGUUGCGAAGACAGGCAGGUCGAUCACCAUGAAUCAAGAAAUGUAUGGAGGAAGUUUAUGAAAAGUGUUUAAAAGUGUUCUUCAGUAAACUGGGUCUCAAUUGAUUGUUUUUAUAUUUGAUUUCUGUAAUCAAAAAUGUAUAGGAUUUUCAUUUUUUGUUUUUCUUCCUCACAACCUUUUGACAAAUGUUGAUGUUGUGUACUUGAUUCCUUCCAAACAAUGAAUCUAGUAUUAUUGUAAGAUUACACCUUGUUCUGAAGUCUGUAUAGAUGUGAUAUAUGUGAAAUAUGUUGUUACUUUUCCCUCAGUUCUGUGCAAUGUUUCUAAAAUACUGAAUAUCCCAACAUUCUUGUAGUGUCAAUUAUCAAAUAUUAAUAGUCAGUUGGGUGAGUGAGAAAAAGCCCUCACAAGAUACUUCUUCAACCCUUCAAGAAACUUGUGUUAUUUCUCAGUGUAAUAAAAUUGUCUUGUAAUGGCACUGUUCAUGAAUAUCAGUGAUCUGUAGUGCAUACAUGUGACACAGUAGCGAUGCAGAGAUGUGUAUUAAAAUUAUUUUAUUUAAUAAGAUUCUGUAUAUUUUUCAUUUAAUAAAUUCUGUGCCUUUCAAUAAAUACAUCUUUCUUUCAGAAAA